AUGAUCACUGAUACGAACAAUGAUCAAGACUAUGUUAUGCAAGCCAACGAGACUACAGCUAUUUUCGACGAUAUUGACAAAAUCCUUACCCACUAUGACGAUUCCGGUGGCAGUAAAAACACCUCUAUGGCACAGCUUCGUACUCAAAUCGCCUCGGUCUAUCAUUAUGAGGACCCUAAUUUCUUGUACCAUUUUUCCGCCGUUGCUCGUGUCGCAAUUGAGUUGGAUCACAGAGCAGGAAGGCCUAGGUACCCUAUUACCUACCAGUGGCCUGAUGACCCCGAUCCCCAAUCUAUGCCUCAUGUCGUCCUCAGUGGCAUGCUUGAACCCCCGCCUACCAUCGACAUUUAUGGUGUGGUCGAGGGUUUCUUGGAGCGCCCGAUUCCCAAAUCCCCUCCUAGAUUUGAAGAUCUUUCGAUGUUCCCUACAAACCCAGUUACCAACACGGCUGGUCCUCCUCCCCCACCUCCUCCAGUUCAGGACGUCUUCUCUGUGGGGGCUCGCACUCCAAGUCCACCUGCCGCUGGUCCUUCAAGAACCAUGGAACCAUCUCUUCUUAAUCGUAUUACGUUUUCGAAUAGUCCACACCAUCGUCAGAGCUUGCCCCUCCCUGAAGUUUUGCUUCGACAACCUCCCUCUCGUCCUCGGCAUACGGUUCGACAGGCCCCUAUUCCUUCUUCUUCCAUGUUUGAAAGAAUCGACAAGGGCAAACGGAAAAGAAAUCAAUCUAUUUCGUCUAAUCUCCCCUCAGUCUUUCCUUCUCACCCAGCACCAGCUGUCUCUGGAGAGCCUUUUUCAACAGGCCUGUCUGCUUUUGCACCAGCACCAGCUGCCUCUGGAAUUCCAGCUUCCGCUGGUCCCAUUUCGCGAGCGAUCAUCUCUGCUCCUUAUCUGGAAGAAAACGAACAUCUUGUUCCCAAGCAGUUUUCCCCUAUCUCUUACGAGGUCAACCGCAUCGCUCUUUUAUACAAAUCUGACAUUAAAAGCCACGUCAGCGCUUUUAAUUCAUGCAAAAACAGGCCCGCCAACUGGCAGAACUCUCUUACGAAAGAUUUGCUUGAAUACAAUUUCGUCGACUUACGGAAAUUCUAUGGCGCGGUUGCCUCUUCGGACCCCCCCCAAAGUAGGCUUUGUAUCAACGCCGAUGGCGACCUCAAAAACGUGGAAGGCGCAGCUCCUAAAGAAAUCACGGAUAACAAUCACUGGCAAAACCUCCUUGCCGUCCUCAAGCACGCUUACAUCACAGCUUUUCCUCCUGCCGCCUUGUCAAUCAAAAGCUAUUUCAAGUACAUCCUUUCUCUUCCUGGAUUAUUCCAAGCGCGCGUGCACUGGGAGGAUGUACGCGAUUUUGACGCCGAGUUGCGUAAAGAAUUUGCUUCCAGACCAAGUCUGGUCUGGGGCGAUUACGAACACAAGUCGCUUAAAGGUAUUGAUAACUGUAUUCUUUACAGUUCUACCAGCAAGCUCGGCAGAGCUGCGAUCCCUUCAGAAAAAUACCAACCGCUACUUACACUCCUCGUCAGUCGGACUCCCGUUCUUCAGAAAAGAAGCCAAGAGGAAGACGCGUCAAACCCAAGUAUAAAGUCAAAGUGUCUGACGCUAUUCCUCUGGCUGAUCAGCCUUGCAACAACUGGAACGCUCGUGUUUGCCCCUUCAGUGCGGCUGACUGCAACAGAGUACACGGGAUAUGCAAUAAAGAUGGAUGCUUUGAAAAUCAUCAAGGAAGCAUCGCUCACAGAUGAACCUAACGCUUGCACUUUCCUUCGAGGUUUAGAAAUCGACGUCCUCGACACAGGAUACUCAGCGGCGGUUAAUUCUUCUAUCCACGCAGCUCCCCUUCCUUCAGCACCCCCUCUAGCUUCUGAUCCCCAAGCUGCUUAUGCUAUCAAUCAAAGGCCUGAUCUAUUUCAAAUUAAUUGUUCCAUAAACGUUGAAAAUUUAAAAAUCCUUCUCAAGAAUCACCCUAAUAAACCUUUUGUUGACUCUAUUAUUCUCGGCCUUACAGACAGGUUUUGGCCCAUUUCGGAUAUGCCUUCUGAUUCUACUGUGUACAACAAAAACCACGCUUCAGGACCAGAAGCAGAAGAAGUUCUAAUAAAGACUAGAGAUAAAGAAUUGAAAUUAAAUCGUUUUUCGCCACCUUUCCAUACGCUCCUCCCGGGCAUGAAAGUGUCUCCAUUGUGUUUAGCAAUGAACCCUUCAUCAGGGAAAGUGAGAAUGUGUACGAAUAUGUCCUUUGGUAACCCAUCUCCCAAUGACCUAAUUAAGAAAGACGACAUCAAAAUUGACCUUGAUGGCAUUCCUUACUUUAUUCCCUUUAUGCUCUAUCAUUAUUUUGGUAAACACAAGUUCAUUCUUUGGAAAUCUGAUGUGGAUGCGGCCUUUCGCAACCUUCCAGUUUCUAGACAAUGGCAAUUUCGCCAAAUAAUCAGAAUCAACAAAGCUUUUCAUGCGGACCGAAAUGUCAAUUUCGGUUGUGCAAGCUCACCAAAACUUUGGUGUGCUUUCUUUUCUUUGAUACUGUGGAUCACAUAUUAUGAGUUUAACAUUACAGACCUCAACGCAUAUAUGGAUGAUUCAUGUGGCAUUGGCUUAGCUUCAGAUAUGGUGCUUUUCAAAGGACGCACCAUCCCGCUAAAUCAAGCCAAGUUUUUAUCCAUCUUCGACUUUAUCAACCUCCCUUGGGCUUGGGAGAAGCAGAUCUUUGGUAGUACACUCGACAUCAUAGGAUACUCAGUGGAUUGUGAAGAAGUCUCAAUCUCAUUACCAGAAGGAAAACGCAUCUCCCUUAUAGUGGCUCUACGUUCAUUCACUUCUUCUCUCUCUCACCCUCUGGUUGAAUGGCAGCGCAUUACAGGCUGGGCAAACUGGGGCUUAAACAUCUUCCCACUUGGACGAUGGGCUUUACAAUCCUCUUGGGAUAAAAUUGCAGGUAAAUCGAUGGGAAACGCGCAUAUUCCAUUGAAUAAACUGAAUGUCGAAGAUCUCAAUUGGCUAGCAAAUGCCCUCGAAUCAUGGCCAGGACGAAGAGUUUUGAAACAUCUUCACUGGGCCCUGACUGACGCUGACUGCAUGUUCUUCACCGAUGCAUGUCCAACUGGCUUUGGUUUCUGGCGACCGUCCAACGGCCGUGCCUGGCGCUGCUCCUUACCACCACCGUCCCGAAACAGCUACUGGGCAGAGCUCUUGGCGGUCGUGUCGGCAAUCAAAAUGGCAGUAGACUUCAAGGCCUCGAGAACAGCUAUUUUCACCGACUCCGAAUCAGUGUCAUACCUCUUUUCAUCUCACCGUCCAACCGCAGCCGCUAGAUCCCUUUUCAAAUUCGCAGUUGAUCUCAUGCUUACGAACUCAUUAGAUGUCAAGGUCCGGUUUGUUACAAGACAACAUAACCGUGUAGCGGAUGCACUUUCAAAAAAUCAGAUUGAUUUAGCUUGGUCAUUAACUCCUCGCCUUCGUCUUGAAGAUUUCUAUCCAGACCCUUCUACUCUUCAAGGAGGAUUUCAAGAUCAAUCCCUUCCUGCUUUGAUUCAAUAA